ACGCCACUGUGAUUAAUUGAUUACACGCAGUCUCAUAAAAAUGCGAUAGUAUAUGUGAAAAGUAAUCUUGUGAGGGUUCCGUUUUUUCACUUUCAAAAUACAGAACCCUAAAAAUUAUUAUUGAAUAGAGAAUUAUUAUACAGCGUUUAGUGAAGACAAUACUAAAGCCGUAUGUACAACUUAUACAUUCAUAACAUACGUAGACAUACAAAACUACGAAAAAAACUUGGAACAAAACAGACGGUACAAACUAAAAUAGAACGUGAAGCAACUCAAGUUAAAGUGACUUAGUAGUCUACGUAGAACGUUUUAUAAUGAUAAAUAAUCUGCACCUUUCCGAAUUAAUUUAUAAUUAGUUUACCUAACUGUCAAGAUAAGUUUCUUACCAAAAGAGAUUUGUUUAUUACCUAUUAUGUAUGCAAAAUAAACUACAUUCCGUCGACAAAAUAUUUGCCCAUGGAAACAAAAAUUGAAUUUUCGUACAUUUUCCACAAAGUGCCAGUAACCUAAUGAAGAUGACUACUGAAAAAGAUUUUAAGUUAGAAUCGUUUCUUUCAGAAUUAUCAAACAUCUAUUCGAGUGAAUCUGAUGCCAACUUAAAGGAAAAUAUUUGGAAAGAUACUAGUUUUUCAGAUAUCGAUCAUGCGAAACUAUUACUGAAAUGUUUGGCUAAAUUCCAUGCGACCAGUGCACUGUAUCAACAAAAGCAUCAGACAUCUGAAAAUGGAAUUUCUAAAGCCUGCAAAUAUUUUUCUCAAGAACCAGCAGAAUACAUUAAACAAAAUGGUAUGGCGAUAUUUAAUGAAUUGGUCGAAUUAUCAAGCCAAUUUCCAGAAAUAAAAAUGAAAAAGUCAGAAUUUAGAAAACAUUUUGAAAAAUCACUUCACUUAAUCUCGCACAAUGAGAUUCCAAUUAAAUUUCAGGUAAUCUGUUGCAUGAUUUCGCCAUGGAAGCAGGUAAUUUUUCAUUAUCAAAACAGCAGACCAAUAAACUGCAAAUUAACCAACUUAACAUCGAUCUUCUAUUCGUCACCUGUUUACGACGUUUUAUUUGGAAUAUACUCCAUGACCCUUCGAGAAUUUCGAAAGUAUAACUUGAACAAUUUACUCGAUUACUACUACAAAUCGUUAGAAAAUGAGUUUCUCUCAAACGACUUGAUCUUGAAGAACUUUCUGGAUUAUCACGAGUAUCAAAAUCUUGUAAGACAAUUUAUACCACAAAUAAAACUAUCGGCAUCUCUAACAAAGUACCAGAUAAUUAAAGAAUAUUAUCAUUUAAAUAAUAAUAAAGGUGUUUUACUCGACCUUCUGGAAGACUUAGAAGAGUAUUUUACUUACAAAUCUUGUAGAGUUUUACCCGAAGACGUUCACAAAAUUAUAAAAAGUAGUUGUGGAGAUAUACAGUUCGAAAUUGUACAAUACCGCUUGGAAUCAAUGAGCAAAACUCUCGGUUACAUGGGGGACUACAGUAAAUUAAUCGUCACCAUUUUGACCGCCGAAGGAGAAAAGGUAAUCAAAUAUUUCGCAAAACUAUUUCCCAGCAAUUCCCCUUUCAUCGAUACAAUACGAGAUUCGGAACUCUUCUUGAAAGAAAUUUACAUGUACACGGAUAUAAUGGAUGAAAUGGUGCGUUUCGGCAUAACUCCGAUAAAAGAUUGCCUUCCCCAAUGCCACUUAGCAAUCCAUAAUGAACUAUUAAUAUUCGAAGACCUAAACGAAGCAGGAUUUAGUACAGUUAAUCAUAGGCGCGUCCUUGACAUUAAAGAGAACGCAGCAAUUUUAAAAACUGUUUCGAAAUUGCAUGCGUCUAGCAUAAUGCUAGAAAAACAUAUUCCUAUUUUAGAAACAUUUUCUUACGCGCUUCAUGACGGUCAUUAUGUUGAUGAUAAGCAGAAACCAGCGCGUAUAAGCUUUAUGUCAACUGUUAACGCAUUGGCAUAUCUUAUCGGGAAGAAAUUUGGAGAAAAUCUCACUGAAUUCAAAAAUUAUGCAUUAAAUUUGUACGAGACCUCUGUAAAUCUUCUCAAACCAACAAAAAAGUUUCGAAACGUACUGAGUCAUGGAGACCUAUGGCCACCUAACUUUUUUAUCAAAUACGACCCUUCUGGUAUUCCCACAGACUCUCGACUGGUCGAUUUUCAAUUGAUACGUUAUACUGUGCCCGCCCAUGAUGUUUUGUUUGCCGUAUUCUUCGCAACCACUCAUGAGCAUCGUAAAACAUUUUUGAAACAUUACCUUGAUUAUUACUAUUCAGAAUUGAUUAAUGUUUUAAAAAGUUACAACUUCGACAACAGCCAAAUUAUUUCUUUCGACGAAUUCCUUGACGGGUGCAAUUACAUAUUGCCCCAGGUAACGUUUCAAGUAGCGGCAUGGUAUCAAGUUGGACAGGUGUCUCCAGAAGUUAUGGAAAAAAUCAAUCAAGGUGGAAACGACAUAAUGGAAAUCUGGUAUAAAGAUAGAAGAUCGUUUUGCGAUUUUGCAUAUGAAACAGAUUCAAAUUAUAAAGAGAAAACCGACGAAAUACUUCAGACUCUAAAACUGAUGUUCGAAGUCUAUAAAAAAAGCGAUAAAAGUAAGCAAUGCCAGUACUUGAAAGAAAUGUAUGGAAUACAUUGAAUGGGCAGUUUUUAUUUAUCAAUUGCAAGAUUGUAGCACUAAAAUCAACUCGUGAUGUAUCUGACCGGUGUAUCAUUAUUAUAACAAACCUGUACACUUAAUUUAAAUAAAAAUUCCUUUUUCUCUUG